AUGGCAGACUUGCCUAAGAGCGCUUCUGAGUGCCCAAGAACUACUCCAACCACCGUUAUUACGGAGAACACAAGCCAGAAUAAUCCCAAGUGGGCACUGGCUGCCAACGCUUGGAAGCAAGCGCAAUCAGCGACGAUAACUUCUGCCCCAGUGCUUCAAGAUCCGCGAAAACUCAAACGAAAAUCUGUAAUCACUGAAGACGAUUCGGAGAUCUCACAGGCGAAGAAGGCUAAAUCGGAAAGUCCAAGACCCGCUAAAGCCCCAGAAGAUGUGACUAUCAACAACAAUACAGAAGAAAACACGCAUAUAAAGACUCACACUCCUGAUGCUGUCCAUGAUCCAUCGACAUCGAUCAAAUCAGAUCCCCUCGAAGAGUCGAGAAAACUGCCCAUUGCGACGGAGUCGAAGCGUCUCCAUGUCUCGAAUAUCCCCUUCCGCUUUCGCGAACCCGACCUACGUGAGAUGUUUGAAAAAUUCGGCAAGGUGACCGAAGUGGAAAUUAUCUUCAACGAUAGAGGAUCAAAGGGGUUCGGCUUUGUUUCCUACGCGGAUAAAGACGAUGCGGACCGCGCGAAGCGAGAGAUCAAUCACACCAAGAUCGACGGCAGGAUGAUCGAGGUGAACGACGCGACCGCUCGGAACAAAUCAAAACGCGGCCCAGCCGUUACGCAACAAGUAAUGAUGGGACUACCUGGCGCUGUUCCCGGUGUCUUCAUGAACCCCAUGAUUCGCCCCCAAAGCUUGAUUCGACCGGGCCUGGUCGUCCCGCACGAAGGACAUCCGUUCAUGCGCCACAUAAUUACGGGUCUAGACUCUACUGUGAAUGUUUCCGAAACGAAAAGAGUGACAUCCUCUUAG